CUGUGUGUAUUCGUGUGUGUGGAGGAGAGAGAGAGAGCAUAUGGAAACAUUGUAACUCAAGGCGGGCAAGCAGCAGCGUUUUCUUCCAUGGAUUGAAGGGAGGAAAUCCUCUUCUUGUUCUUGCGUCGCCUACAUGCAAAUGUGGCCGGCUGGGGCAGAAUGAGGCUGGGUUAAAACACUCACAUCAGCAUCCGACACUUGACUUUGCGAGGAGGGAGAGCUCUUUCUGGCAAAUCAGAGGUGCAAGGCACUGUCCAUCUUUGCAGAUCAUUCUCAAAGGCUCAUACAGGUGACAAGUGUGACCAACUUCACUGCAUUGACGCGCGUAUAUUGUCCAUAGGCAGUGCGUAAACGCGCCAAUCUUUUUGACAUUUUACCUGCAGUGUUGUGGUCGCAUGUGACGCACCUGCGCCUUCAGCUUUUUUUAGCCGUAUUUUUGGAUAAAGGAGUGUUGCGUUUUUCGGACAAGUUUCUGCGCUGAUUGCUAUGUUCGUCAUGUCCGCCUGGGUGAACUUGCGCGUUUUCUCCGUAGAGUCACACAGAGCCGCGCUGUGUGCAGAAGUUGGUUGGGAAUCAUCAUAACAACAGUGCGGGGAGCAGAGGAGGGAAAAGGAAGGGACAGCGGUGUAGAGGGGAUGAUGAGAGGCUGAAUUUCUUUUUUAAGAUUCACUACCAGCAUCAUCAGCAUGAGGAUCAAAACUGCGGAGGACUGCUGCUCUCCAUCUACAUAGUUACAGUUUUUGCAGAAGCCUGCCAGUGAGCCCUGCAACCACAGCUGCGUAAACUUGGCCGGAUCUGGUGACAUUGUACCCUCUGCGCGUGUGUGUGUGCGUGCCUGGAUGGAUAUGCAGCUCACCGAGGGAAUUUGAAAAGCACGGGGGGAUUUCUAUCAGUCGCUCUCCCUAUUAUAACCUCAAAAUGGAUGCCGAUUACAGGCUGUGGAGACGCCACUGGAUUAGCCACUCUCCCGCUGAUCUGCUUGACAUCUGAGCGCCACGAGCUUUCAAAGUUUGGAUAAUCUACAGAAAAGGGGAAAGGGCUGAAGGUGUAGGAUGCAGUCUGGGGCGAAGACACUCUCCGCAGGUGGAGGUGCGUCACUGUGCUGCCUGCUGCUCCUGUGGCUCAUCUACUCCCAUCUGCUCAGAGAGGGCCAGUUGGCGGUGGGAACCUGUGAGAUCGUGAUGCUCAACAGAGACAGUAGCGUUCCCAGACGGACCAUCGCCAGGCAGACGGCCCGCUGCGCCUGCCGGAGAGGCCAGAUCGCCGGGACCACCAGGGCCAGGCCAGCGUGUGUGGAAGCGCGGAUCGUGCGGAGCCGUCAGUGGUGUGAGAUGGCCCCCUGCCUGGAGGGGGAGGUCUGCAGCCUCCUGUUCAACCGCUCCGGCUGGACCUGCACCAGAGGCAGCGGGCGCAUCAAGACUGUCACGCCUUUGCCCAAGGAGCCGUCGUAGGAUGUGGAGAACACGGCAAGGUCAUCGGCUUCCUGCUACAAAAGGUACUGAGACCAAUCACUAAACCAGAACAUUGUGUCCAUUCUCUUAUGAGACUCUCAAACUUUGCAACAGGUUUUAACCUUCAGUAAAAACAAAUAUGUAUAAAAGAACUCGCAGACAUUUCUGAGAAUUCUGAGAAGUCUCCAGUGAGAGGCAUGGUACACCAUCGGCUUUGAAUCUUCACCGCGAACCCUUGGACACGUCAUCGAACAACAUUCCUGUGAGGAACUUUCAUCAACGGGACGUGGAAUAAUUGACUCAUUCAUUACAUUGACUUUUUGUUGCCCUUGAUAUCCAACAUUAGGUCUGCAGGGGACGCCUCCUUGAAGAUUUUUCGUACCUUUGUGGCUUGAUCUGGACUUUUCAGAAGGUCUUUCAGAAGUCGGCCCCUUCUUCUUCUUAACUAUCUCGAUACGAAGCCGUCCAGUGUUAUAUUCCAGCCAAGUUUUGCCAAUGACAGCUUGCUGCUAAAGACACUUUUAUGAGGUUGAGCCAGACUGUAUUGCCCACUGUAUUCUCUCACUCAUUUAGCUGGGUAGGACUUUGCACUGCAUACACACAGGACGGAACAUUGUGCAAAAAGCAUGAAAGUCUAUUGGAAUGUCCCAGAAGAGACGACGGAGAUGAGUUGACUGUCUUGAGUGCCAAAUGUGGACAUUUUGGACAACUUAGCGUAUAACUUAUGUUUUUUAUGUGGUGCCAACAUAGAGUAGAAUAGUAGUUUUUGUCAAUGAACCUCACACAUCCUGGACACACACCAACGGGAGCAUUCAGCAGAUGUGGACCCCUGGCUCGUUUGAAUGGUCUAAACCUGCGUGUGUGCAUGUUUGCAUCUCUCAAUGUGUGAAUAUGUAUGUGUGAGUCUGCGUGCACAUCCAGAGAAACACUGUUAAAUAAGUCAUAUCCAAUGCAUUAUUCAUACUCUUGUAUAUUUUUGGGACACGCCCAGUCCAGGGCUCACCAUCUGGCCGGAGAACAAUGUGUGAUUUUACAGAUGAUGGAUUGCAUUUGAAUGUUCAAGGUUGAAUCCUGUGUUUGACUUUAUUUUGUGUAUUUUCUUUAGUACAAAGAGAUAUUUAUGAUGGGGGGGGGAUAUAAUUGAAACUAGGGAAAGAGCUGCAGUAUGUCACACAAAUUAAAUUCUGUAAUUAAAAUCAAUUCAUGCGUGAUUAAAUGUAUUCAGAAUCCUUGUCUAAAUGGACUAUAUUUUGAUAUGAAAUGUUUUGGCCAGCUGGACGUGCUAUUUGCUGGUUUCAGAUGCUUGAUAUACUUGAAAGGAUUUGUGUAAAUAUAUAUAUAUAUAUAUAGAGAUUCAAUUAAUGUGUUUUAUGUUCUGUGGGUCUCAUCUCAGGAGCACAAAAGGCAUUCUUCUGCAAGAGGUGGACACAAUAACAUGAACACCAGUAAGAUAUCUCAAAAAAAAUAAAACGCAAUACUACAAUGUGUAUGAAGAUUAAUGUACAUCCUAAAGUAAAACAAUAUAUCUGUUACUUUUCCAAAGAUAACAAUAGAUUGCAUAAUAUUUUACUGGUGUUUUUGUCAGUAUGUCGCCACCCUGUUUUCCUUUUCUUUGUACUAAAACAUUAUGUACUCUCCAUCUUAAUGUAUGCAUUUGAGGAUAUAAAGAGAGCGUCCGCUCCCGAGAGCUGCAGAGUGUGUAUUUAGUGUGUGAGUGUGUAUGUGAGGGUUUUUCAGGUCAACAGUGGUUUGUGUGGUAAGAAAAUGGCAAUUUCCACCUGAUCCCAUACCUUUGAUUUCAUGUUUGCUUCUCUGGUUUGAACUCACCGUGAAUGAAUUGUCCCUUUUUGAUUUGAGACACUUUAAUGAAGUCACAUUCAACAGGGCAGUGGCAGAUUAGUAACAACAAAUAUCUGGACCUCUACUUGUGUUAAAUAUCAAUAUGAUGUGCAUUUAUAACAGCACAUAUCAUCAAACUAAGUUCUGCAAGCACUGCACUGCUGACUCUCGGAGGGAGUGUCAUGACUAAAAAUGCCUUUUAUGGUCCUCAAACGUCUAUAUAAAUAUGUUAUACUUUUAAGCUUAGCUUGAACUACAAUACCACAGGCCAAUUAUUUCCAAAACAGGGACAGAGCAAAAGUAUCCGAGACAAACGAACAACGUUUUCUUGUGAAGAGUAAAAAUGAACACUUUCUGUCAAUCCCAUGUGUAUGAUGUAUUAUAAUGUAGUAGUUAGUGCAUAAUGCAUUUAAACAGCAUAUUACAUUGCAUAGUUGCCUCAUGCCUUCAUGUAAGGGAUAAUCCACAAUGUGGCGUGCAGUAAUUGAAGAAUAACACACAGAGGGCUGGAAGUAAUACUGUAUAUCACACACAGUGUCUUGCAUUAUAUUUUACAACUGCACAAUGUAUCGUGGAUUUUACUACCACGUGUACCAUUAACGUACUUUUCAAAACUAAAAUCUUGGUUCACCGUAAAAUAAUCUUGGAAUAAACACAAUUGUACUACUCUUAACAUGAAGGAGAAGCCGCUAGGAACCACUUCCAAACAGGCCAAUUAUACCUUCAUUUUGUCUAUAGCUAUUUCAUAAAAAUGUGGUAAUUUAAUGAUUAUAAUGUUUGCUUUACUCCAUUUGCAAUGACAUUUAAAUGUUUUCAUUUAAAUGGUGAUCGUGUUUGUGUUGUUUGGGAACACUUUUAACACUAGUUAAUUAACCAUAAGAGAAGAUAGCAUAACCUUUACUCAUUCGGAGCAAAGUUGGCGGAAUACAUUUGAAUUAUAAAUACAUUCUUACUUUGGUUUAGAUUCAUCGACUUUCAAAGAUAUUCACUAGAAACCAACAAAAGAGGAAAAAACAAAUGCCAACUAUGCUUUUGUGUAACAUUAUCAAUGCUUGCUACAGUUUUUUAAGGACAUAACAGAAAUAUUUGAUGUAAGGAAGGUGAGAAUCCAGCCUGCAUCAUGGCUGUAGAACGUCGGUGUCCUGUGCCAGUAUUCCCACUCAACUCCUACUGGGUUAGAGAUGUUCUCUCAACGAGUCCGGGCUGCUGCCCCCUUUCAUUUUGAAUGUCUGUCUUGCUGUUCUCUGGGUUUUUAAUGUGGGCUGCACUCAGGAUCAACAAAUGCUACGAAGGUGGUGUGAGCUGAAAGGGCUGAGCUGUCAUAGCACGCUAUGAGCAAACUUUAGGUACACAGUAAGAAACAUAAUUGUCUUUAGACCUCAUUGUUAUCUCUGAUGCAAAUACGGUGAUUUAGUAGCGGUAAUACCUGAACUUAUAAACAUUAUUUUUGUAAUGCCUUAUGACUUUAUAGAAAACAUACAUUAGAUUGAAAACACUUAGAAUGUCUGAUGCAUCAUACAUGAACAGAUUUUAGGGGCAUUAUAGCACUUCUUUCCUUUUAUUUACAAAAAAACUCCUCAAACGAAGCGUGAACUUACUGGUUAGAGAAGUAAACCAAAUGUGGGAGUGCCUAAAACCUGCAUUCUCUAUAAUAUCCAGCAGGUGGUGAUUCGUUGGUCUAAGAACAAGUCUGUUUGCAAAGUAUAGAAGUCUAUGAGAAAAUGCCCCUACCUUUCACUUGAUUUAUCACAUUGGUUAUUAUUAUAAAGAUAAGUUCAUGGUCACAAUCACUAUAUUUUGGGUGCAGCGUAUAUGUAAGGAGUUUGGUCACAAACAGCUGUUAUGUCAUUGGUUGCUCUUUGAAAGUAUAGCAGCCUUAACCCUAACCCUAAAUUGUCUUCGGUGUUUGUUGUAAUACACCCAUUGGUUUCAUGUAUGGUCACAAAAGAAAAACAGAAGGCCACAGCUAAAACACCAAACUGAUUAUUCCUGGAGAAAUAAUUGAGAAAAUACAACAAUAACCAAGUAUCAUUUGUGUUGUAAAUGUUCAUUAAAAGAGUACUGUUUGUUCUAAUAUGUUUUAGAAUUGUGGAUGGAUAGACACAGCAAAUUGUGGUAUGGGAGCCGAAUUUCAACUGAAAAUACAGAGUCUGUAUGAGAGCUACACGCCUUCUCAAUUUUAACAGUUUGUGUCUGUGUCAAUCCGACAUAGCAACAACCAUCAUGCAACAUAAUAACACCUGACAUCCGAUUGGCUCCUGUCUUACAGGGUGCUUUUCUGUUUUAGUAACUGUUGAAAAGUAAUUGAGUCUGUCUACACGUCUACACCAUGUCUUUGCCCUGUUCAAUAAAACCUUCAGCUGCAGGAUGGACAAGUA